AUGAUACCACGUGCGUUGGUGGUGACUUUAUUUCGGGCAUUAGUGUGCCUUCUCCUCGUGGUCUUACCCGGGGCAUUCUCAGCUGAUGAGCCGGUCCAGUUGAGCGAGAGUUUUGGUGGUCCCCACGGAACGGAAUUCUCUGAUCAAGCUUCGGUCGCGGCAGGACAAACGAUCGGGUCGAUUACUAUUCGUGCCGGUGAACGCGUGGAUGGUAUUUCGUUGGAGGUGACAGGGCCAAAAGCAGCUACAUUCAGUCAUGGUGGGUCAGGUGGAAAGGCAAACACUCUGACGCUCGCCAAGGAAGAAUACAUCACGUCGAUGGAGGCGCAUUGGGGCGAGAAGAAAGGUCGAACGCGAAUCUUCUACUUGAGUUUUGGUACUAGCGCGGGUAACACGGUGUCAGGUGGUUCUCAGACGGAGAGCAAGAACACGGUGACGGCGCCGAAAGGUUUCCAACUCGGAGGCUUUUUCGGCCAGGACGGCGAUGAAAUUGACAAGUUGGGUGCGAUUUGGACGCGUAUAUCGGCCGAAGCUCCGGCGACGGAAGCCCCUGCUCCUGCUCCUGCUCCAGCUCCUGCUCCUGCAUCUGCAGCCGCAUCGGGUAGUGGAGUCCCUGCUGCCGAGUCAACGGCAGGUUCUGGAGCCGACUCUGCACUAGCUUCAACCGAAUCGUCAGGCCCCGCUGAAGCCCCCACGAAGCAGAACGCUGUAUCUACUGAAGAUUCUGCACUUGCGUCGGACGGUGCUUCAGGCUCUACGGAAACUCCGGUUAAGAAAAAGAAAAAGGCGACAGUAAAGUCGAGCGAAGGCUCUGCAGCUGAGUCCAGCGGAGACUCGGCAGUAGCUUCUGCUGCUGCUUCUGGUUCUGGUUCUGGUUCUGCUGAAGUCUCCAUUAAGAAAAAGAAAACGAAGAAGGCAGCAGUAGCGUCCAGCGAAGCAUCGGCAGGGUCGACAGAAGACGCUGCGUUAGCCUCAGCCGAUGCUUCAGGCUCUACUGACACCCCGAUUAAGAAGAAAGCGAAGAAGACAGCUGCAACGGCAUCGAAUGGAGGCUCUACAGUCGAGUCCACGGAAAGCUCCGCACUAGCUUCUGGUGACGCCUCUGGCUCUGCUGAAGCCCCCAUUAAGUCGAAGAAGAAGAAGGCGGCAAUAGCAUCGAGUGAAGGAUCUGCAGGGUCGACAGAGGACGCUGCAUUAGCUUCAGCCGAUGCUUCAGGAUCAACUGAUACCCCGAUUAAGAAGAAGAAGAAAACAAAGACAGCAGCAACAUCGAGUGAAGGCUCAACCGAAGACUCCGCACUAGCUUCUGGUGACGUCUCUGGCUCUGCUGAAGCCCCCAUUAAGAAGAAGAAGGCAGCAGUAGCAUCAAGUGAAGGCUCUGCAGUCGGAUCCACAGAAGACUCGGCAGUGGCCUCAGGAGCGGGAUCGUCUACAACGUCAGCCAAAUCCUCCGCAGCGACAUCCACCGCGGGAUCAGCAGUAGAGUCGACAGAAGGCUCUGCUGCUGCGCCACCUGCUGGAUCGGCCGCCGCUACUGAAGGCUCAGCUGCCGGGACCACAGCAGAUUCGGCAGCAGCGGGUUCGGCAGCAACGUCAGCUGAAUCGUCAGCAACAGCUUCUACCAUGGGAUCAGCAGAGCAGACACAAGGCUCGGCUGCUGCGGCUCCAGCAGGUUCUGGGCCGCCACCAGGAACGGAAGCCCCCGCUGCUCCAACAAUGAGUGUCAAAGACUCUAUCGUGUUAAGUGAAAGUUUUGGUGGACCUCAUGGCAUGGAUUUCUCGGACAAGAACUUUGUUAACUCUGGACAGACUGUUAGUCAAAUCUCCAUCUACGCUGGUGAACGCCUAGACGGUGUGAGUCUAGAGAUCUCAGCUCCCAAGACGCUCACGUUCACUCACGGAGGAACCGGUGGUGACCGUAAGGUGCUGAAGCUUGGUCCAGGAGAGUACAUCAACUCGAUGGAGGUUCAUUGGGGUAAGAAGGACGACCACACUCGUAUUUUUUACGUGAAUUUCCUGACGAGUGCGGGUAACUCGCUGUCUGGAGGAUCAAUGACAGACGACAAGAGCACAGUGACUGCACCUGAAGGUUUCCAGUUAGCGGGUUUCUUCGGUAAAUCUGGCAAGGAGAUCGAUACUCUGGGUGCUGUUUGGGCAUAUAUCGAUCUCGUUACGCCAGCUCCGACACCUGCACCAGCUCCUGUUAAGGAUGAGGACUCGCCAGGCACUGUCGCUCCAGAGGACAUUGCUGGCAGUUUGUCGGAGGUGAAGACGAAGGCGAAUAAGCGGCCUGUUCAGCUGAGUGAUUCUUUCGGCGGACCCCAUGGAGAACAGUUCUCCGAUCAACUGGCUUGCACGUCUGGAAUGACCAUCAGCUCUGUCACUAUUCGAGCAGGUGAGCGUCUUGACGGCCUUACGGUACAAGUCGCAGCACCUAAAGAGAUGACAUUUACACAUGGUGGAACCGGAGGUACCGAUAACACGCUUGCUCUUGAACCUGGAGAGUACAUUACGACGAUGGAGGCGCAUUGGGGCCAAAAGAGUGGUCACACGCGUAUUUUCUACCUCAGUCUGGGCACUAACAAAGGCAACACUGUGUCUGGCGGAUCACAAACCAAGGAGAAGGGUACAGUUACUGCACCGAAAGGCUUCCAGCUUGUCGGGUUCUUUGGUCGAUAUGGUGACGAAAUGGAUCUUAUUGGCGCAGUGUGGUCGAGUAUUGCAGCGGUUAAUGAAACCAGCAGCACUGUUAAGGUGUCUUCGGAGGAGGACAUCGCCCUAGGUGAGCUCUUUGGCGGUCCACACGGCAACGCGUUCUCGGAUAUCAAUGAAAUCAAGUUUGGACAAACGAUCAGCUCUAUCACGAUCAGGUCGGAUAAGCGAGUGGAUUCUGUGACGUUGCAGGUUGCUGCACCCAUGAAGCUAACACUGAAUCAUGGAGGACGUGGAGGAACGGAGAAGACGAUCACUCUUGCUGCUGAUGAGUACAUCACUUCUAUGGAGGCUCAUUGGGACAAGAAGGACAAGCAUACACGAGUCUUCUACAUCAGCUUCACUACCACCGCUGGUCAGACUAUCGAAGGUGGAACCAAGACCGAGAAUUCCGGUACAGCGACCGCUCCUGAAGGCUUCGUGCUGAGUGGAUUUUACGGUCGCGCUGCUGAUGAAGUGGAUCAAAUUGGUGCGAUAUGGACGAGAAAGACGGCGAAGAACGUAUUGCUUACCGAUCCAUCGGGUGUGGGCAAUGGUACGUAUGGCACAACCAUUCGCAAUUGGGUGGGCCCCACCAUUGGUAAAAACAGUGAUACAGCCUGCUACCGGAAGUCCAUGCCCUUCGAUAGCAACAACAUUUGUCCCUUGGGAUACAGCAAAGAUGGUGACGACUGUGCAGCUCGUUGUCCAUUGUCAUACCCGAUUUCGUGUGGCUUGGAAUGUAUUCCUCAAAAUGACGACUGCGUUCUCGCUGUGCUCGCCAAAAUCGGUUCCGUUGUCGCUGUGGCACUCAAUGCUGCGACUGGUGGUGUGUUUGGUGAGAUCUUGGCUGCCUACAAGAUCGCCAAAUGGGCUGUAUUAUGCGUGCGGAACCUUGUGGAAGUCAUCAGGGGCCUCGUGUACUAUCUCCGAUACCGACAAACGUCAGCCCCCGUCGGUGAGACUGCAGAAAUGCUUACGAUUGCUUACCAGGCUGACGUCGUCUUAUACGAUCUCCCCAUUGCUAUUUGCACGUGCCUCAAUAUACCAGUCCCCAAAAAUGCCCAGUUCGCCGAUUACGUUCUUGUCAUCGUGGAAGGUAUCGUGAAGCAAGCGAUCACCAAUGGUGACGAGAUCAUUUCGACUGGAGCCAACGUCAUGAAUUUACUCACUGGCAAUGGCAUGGCCAACAAGUCAACGACCACAGUGGAUGAACUCGAAGAUCUAGUCGCCAAGAACUCGAGUUGUGGUUGGCAGCUCAAACGCCUUACCGACCGCGUCACACGCGCUGUACUCAAGUAUCGCAAUGCGAGUACUGAGGUCGACGACAUUCGAGUGAAGGUGUACAAAUCGUCGAUUGUGCUGAACGAUAUCCCCAUUGUCACGAACAACUGCAUGGGGGAACUAUUGGCUACAAAGACUAGGACAGCAGCGUACGAAACGCGUGACCUCUUGCGAAAGACGUUCGGGGUUAUCGUUGAUCAACUCAUCGAAACUGGCAAGACAGAUGGUGGCAAGGACGUUGCAGAAGACGAUUAUAUGCUGGAAGUAGCAAAUAUGGGUCUAGUUGUGCUCUCGACGAUCGACCCGACAGGUAUCGCGUACAUGGCGUCACAGUUCGUGCAGCCCAUUUGUGGACCCACAGCGUAUGUGGGUGAAAUUGACGACGGAACAUUACACGAUGCUUUGGGACUUAAGACGGUGGAUGAAGCGUUUGAGGGCAGCUACGGAUCCUACACCCACGCAGGCGAUGGUGUUGUUCACCUCAUUUUUGAGAGUGUGGACACUAAGGAUGUGACGGUUGUAGUCCAUUCGGGUGGUGACGGAUAUACGAAGGUCGAUGUUGGCGCUGGAGAUGUCACUACAUGGGACGCUACGUUCCCGGAGCUGGAGGACAAGACACUCUACUUAGAUCGCUGGCGCCCCGGUCUCUUUGGUUUACCUGGUAAGGGUGGUGGUUCGUUAUUGAUGUGGAUUCCUCGAUCAUCGGAAGGGGGUCAUAUCACCUUGCACGUACGAAUCAACCCGUCCUAGAUGCAAUAUGUGUGCAUUGCGUUUGAAAAAUAUAUGACCUAGUACUGUCAGUUAUUGAGCGGCCUACUCGAAAUAAUACCAUGCUUACUCUUUAUCA